AUGAGCUUAAUACCGAGAACCACCACCAAGCGUGCCCCACGCGCGCAACAGUCGAGGUUGAAAUCGGUGACAUUCACAGGGUGCUGGACCUGCAGGUCUCGUAAGGUUAAGUGCGAUGAACGACAAGAAAAUGGGUGUGUUGCUUGCGAAAAAGCUGGCGUGAACUGUGAAGGCUAUCAAGUCAAGUUAUGUUGGGUGACUGGAAAGUAUCAGAGUCCCCAUGGCUUCCAACGGCGAAAGAUCAAACUUGAUCCCUCUAGUAUCUCGCCGUCUAUUCCCGAUGAAGAAAUAAACCAAAUGCUAUCCCACUUGGACACAGUCUCCGCCUGCCGAGAUACUAUAACAGUGGGCCCGUUCUCGAUAUUCCACGGGCAGCCUACUUGUGUUAACGCCGAUCACUUGGGGGAAUAUUUCCCAGUGGUGGAAGCUGCAAUAAACCUAUCGAGUGGGGGCGAAGAAAUAUUUGACAGUGUCCUAGGUGAUGUUUCGAGCAGAGAGGAAGAUAAUAUAUUCGUCGACAACGCAGCGGAUCCUCAGGAGCAUUCUACAUCGGCUAUCGUCCCAAUACUUGAUGAUUCUCGUACAAACAGCACUGCGACAAUAUUGGACCCAGAAUCAGGCUCUUUCGAGGACUCCAUAUCUCUGAUGAAUGUCAGUUUGAACCAAGCAUGUGAAGUCAUACCGAACAUGGUGCAUAUGCGCCAAGCGAGAUCCCCUUCGCCUCGGAUGGAUAUGGCGAGUCCCUUAUUCCCAGAUACGAACACAUCCAUGCUCAUGUAUCAUUACACGAAGCAUGUUGCUGAGCUUCUACAGCCAGUUCUACAUCCAAGAAAUCCAUGGAGAACCACCUAUUUUCAGUUCGCUCUGCAAGGCUGCCCUGAUUUCGCCUACAAUGAGUCUCCGAGCCCGGAAUUCAAAGUCUCAACCGCAAUCUUCCACAGUGUACUAUCAUCAGCUGCAUUCCACCUUCGAAAUGCUACCAGGGGCUCCGCAAAAUAUCACAAGCUUGGUCUUCGGCACCGGACCAAAUCACUUCAGGCCUUGAAUUCCGCCAUCCUCGAUCCUUGGGAUUCCAAACUGUAUACAGCAUACCUCACUGCUAUGCUCUCUUUGGUUACUAUAGAUACUAUGACAGGCGAAGACUCAGACUUCCCAAUCCACUUGAAUGGCUGCCGACAGUUGGCAAGCUCGGCACAAAAAGGAACCGACGACCCGAGUAACCAAGUCCGCAGCAUUUGCCAUGCAGAUAAAUUCAAUGAGUCGCCUUACUUCCACGAUGAAGACACGAGCAUUGAAUAUAUCUACGGAAUAACCCCAACCCUUGGUAACCUGCUACAAAGAACUUGCUAUUUGGCCGAAUGCCUUUCUGCAUAUCGGAGAAGUGAUAUACCCAUCGAACUGUUCGAAGCAUGCGAGGCUUUGAAAAUCGACAUCCUUACAUGGGAGAUUAGUUCAGAGCAAUUUCAACUCAUGGGGUCUGAUUAUACAAUGAGUGAGAUAGCUCGGUGCCAAGCCCGCGCAUUUCACAGCGCUGUCUUGAUUUAUUUUCAUCGAAUUGCUCUGAAUGAAGACCUCAAGGGCUUAGAUGACGAGGUUCGCUUCAUUCUAAAUAACCUCACCGAUGCCGAAGACCUCAAAGAUCAGUAUAUGGGAGGCGACAAGCGAACUGCACCUAUGUCUUGGCCUGCGUUUAUUGCAUCUUGCGAAUCAUUUGACCGUCAACCCUGGGUAGAAUGGUGGACACGCAUCCAAGAGUACAAGAUUGGGAAUUUCAGAAGACAAUGGAUGGUUGUUCAAGAGCUUUGGGAUAUCAUGGACAAGGACGUGAGUGUCAAGAACUGGAAAGAUGCCCUAGAGAAGUCAGGGAUUCUCGUUCUGCCAAUUUGA